AUGGUUCGUGGUGAAGACAAUAUAUCCAUGACGAAUCAACAACAACAACACUCCUCGCAACAACGUCUUGCUUCUCUCAUCCAACAAUUGAAACAACAAGCCUCACCAUCAUCAUGGAGCUCCCCAUCAAGAGCCAAGAGUGAUUUUUCUUCACCGCAACAUCGGAAUGAUGUGGAUUUCAUCUUCAAUGUUACCUCUCUCGGAGUCUUGAAAGGAAAACGAAGUCCCUCUCUCAACUUCCGAUCCUUUAAAAACAUUCCCUAUGCGCAGUCUCCCGUGGGUUCACGACGAUGGAAUGAUCCCGUGCCUAUUUCUACUCCACUUCAAGGUGUGUUGGAUGCCACGCAAUUUGGACCUCAAUGUCCACAGAAUUGUUUGUUACCGAAAGGUUUAUGUGCAGAGACAAUGAGUGAAGAUUGUUUGACUCUCAAUGUCUAUACUCCUGAUCAACUUGGGAAUGGAAGUUUACCGGUCAUGGUUUUCAUUCCAGGUGGACAUUUUGAUAUGGGAACUGCUAAUUGCGCGCUCUAUGAUGGAGGAUAUUUUGUUGGCAAGACGAAUGUAAUUCUUGUUACGAUCAAUUAUCGUUUGGGAGCAUUGGGUUAUUUAGUGAAUUCUAAGAAUGGCCUCAGAGGUAACUUCGCUCUCAAGGAUCAAAGAUUAGCAUUGAAAUGGGUUCAGAGAUUUAUCGAUCGAUUUGGAGGCAAUCCAAAUUCAGUGACAAUUUUUGGUGAGUCAGCCGGCGCUGGAAGUGUCACUGCCUUAUUGAUGAACAAGGAAAGUUGGCCACUUUUCCAUAAAGCUAUUCUCCAAUCCAAUCCAUUGGCUCUUCCGUUUAGAGACAUUUCAAGCAGUGAUCAAUUGGGAGAUCGUUUUAUUCGUGAAAGUGGAUGUCAAAAAUCUGAAAACACUCUUCAAUGCAUUCAAAAUUUGAAAUGGCAAGAUGUUGUGGAAAUUGGAGACUCUGCAAGUAAUCAUUUAAAUAUUUGGCAUCCUAUUAUUUCAUUCAUGCCAUGGACACCAUGUCUCGAUGGAAAGGAAUUAUUUGAACAACCUUUAGAUGCUUUUAAAAAUGGAAAUUAUGCCAAAGUUCCAAUGAUCAUGGGAACAUUGUCAGAAGAAGCAAUCAUGUUUGUGUACUUGGCCCUCUCCAAUCCACUUCCUUUCUAUGAAUACGAUGGUGCCCUAAUAGCCUUAUUUGGAUUAUUUGAUUAUUCAAAAGUUCAUUCAUUAUAUCCUCCAACAAGUGGCAGCGACCAACGUGUGGAAUUUUCCAUUCUCGGAACCGAUUACAUUUUCACAGCACCCACUCGAAAUGCGCUCAUGAAUAUUCAUAAUCACCAACCAAACAUUCCUGUCUAUUUAUUUGAAUUUAAUCACACCCUCUCAUUCAGUUCGGAAGCAUGGAUGCCACGAUAUCCCUUCUGUGUUGGUCACGUUUGUCAUGGCUCUGAACUUCCAAUAUUAUUUCACUCCUCUGAAUUAUUGAACUUACCAUUGAUGCCACAAGAAGAAGAGUUGUCUGCUGCCAUGAUGAAUUAUUGGACCAAUUUUGCAAAAACCUCAAAUCCAAACCUUUCUUCUUCAACAUAUUCCACACAAAAUGUUCCAACGUAUUGGGAACAAUUCACUCCUUCUAAUUUAUUGAAUAUGGAGCUUCAAACUCCAAAAGUGUUUAUGAAUUAUGGACUUCGAAAACAAAAGUUAGACAUGUUUGAUUCGAUUGGAUAUCAUCAUGGAUAUUAA